UACUCGAACAUCGUGCCGUCGAACAUGGGUCAUCCUGACGAAGACAUCUAUCCUGUUGCGACAGGUCCCGCCGCCAAAACGGUUGCGGCGCACCAGGACCCACAGGACCUCGUGUUCUGGGCUGGAUGGUUUUGCCCAUUCGUACAGCGCGUGUGGAUUAGCUUGGAGGAAAAGAAUAUACCUUACCAAUACAAGGAGGUCAAUCCAUACAAAAAGGAGAAGUACUUUCUCGACAUAAACCCCAAGGGCUUGGUCCCUGCCAUCGAGUACAAAGGCAGGCCGCUCGCCGAGUCGCUGAUUAUUUGCGAGUUUCUUGAGGACGCGUACCCCGAUCACGCACCUCACCUCCUCCCAGUCGACCCAUUCGAGCGUGCCUACGUGCGCCUCUGGAUCGAUCAUGUCUCCAAGAAUGUCAUUCCUGGCUUUCACCGUCUGGUGCAGGCGCAGGAACCGGACAAGCAGAAGGCCUACCUUGAGGAGUUCAACAAGGCGCUCAGGACGAUCGCCGAGAAGGCGAAGGGUCCCUACUUCCUUGGGGAACAGUUCAGCAUGAUUGACGUUGUGGUGGCGCCGUGGGUCGUUCGUGACUAUAUCGUAAGGGAGCACCGUGGGUACACAAGAGAAGCAGUCGGCGGUGGGUGGAAGGAAUGGGCGGAGAACCUCGAGAAGAGGGAUAGUGUAGUGAAGACGUCUAGCGAUUUAGAACAUUACGCACCAAUCUAUACUCGGUACUUACGCGACGAGGCGCAGAGCGAAGCCGCGAAGGCUAUCAGAGCUGGAAGAGCUAUUCCGUGAUGCAGCACUGUCGUCAUGUCGUCAACC